AUGUACGCAUUCUCCUGGGCCGAAAAAUCACCAGUCGGCCCUUCCUGUAUCAGCUGGGCCAACGGCCAUUCCUUCCGACAUAUUCUCUUGGGCCGAAACCGAUUGGCUGGCUCUUCCGAUAUCAUAUGCUGGGUCAACACAAAACCUACUGGUCAGCGCUUGGGCCCAAAAUCACUAGCAGAGCCCUUCCGAGAUGACAUGGAUAUAGAAUAUCCAGCUGGGCCUAUCCGUUCUUCCUUCCGAGACAUAUAUACAGGGCCCAUCCGUCACUCUCAGUACCUGUAUCCCAAUACGAUCGGCCCGCUUAUCCUAUUGAUCUCACACUUGGCCGACCCGCCAGCAUGGGUACUAUUCCAAGCUGUGGGCCCAUCCGUGAUCAGCUAUGCUUGGGCUCACAUUGGAUGGCCCGCCUCACUGGGUCGAUUCUCAACCUUUGGCUGUCCGACUAAGUCGGGAAAUGUUACUGAAGGGGCUCGAACACUGUAUCAACCUUUGACCUGGAAUUUUGGGCUUAGGUCACUCUGCGCACACCGAUGGUUGAAGCAGAUUGUCGCAAAUGGCUCGUCAGCCAAUUUCAGGAUUUACUGGUCUGGCCUGAUGAAAGAGAAGCAGCUGGCUUAUGAUCCUGCCGACACGCUGAAGCUGGUCAAGGACAAUAUAUGGAACGGCAAUACAGUCGACAUCAUCAACAAGAUCUCUUCCGGCAGCCUAUACUAGUUGGCAUCCACCAUGGGUGCAGCGGUUGACAUCAGGUGGGUUGCUGGCGAGGACCAGGUGGACAGACUGCAGCAGGUAGUAUAGUUAUGUAUAUUUCAUUUUUGCGGUGUCAUUCGUUUGUUCUCGCAAUGUAUAUUAGCGUCGUUUUCAUGCGAUUUCCGUAGUUUCAUUGUGCAAUACGACUACAUUUAAGAAUCUACGAUAGUCGACGGAAAUAUCAU